AAGCGGGGUCUCGCGCGCGGACCGCCGGCUCUCUCUGUCUCUGGCGGAGACGGCGCGUUACAGGUAGCUAAUUGAGUUCCCACGACCAAAUGAAAAGUACGACUCUGUAAAUAAGGCGCUCGCCGCGCUUAAUGUGGCAAUAGUUGACAGCGGGCGUUAAAAAUUCGGUCACGUCAGUGCGCGGCUGUGUGGCUUUUCUACGCUGGCUGGGAACGAAGGAGGAGAGAUCAUGGAUGGACAUGGACUGGAGCAGUAGCGCGCACGGACGCCGGAGCGGAGCCGGAGGUGCUGCUGUGUGUUCAGACUCAGCGGCCCUGAGGCGAACUGCCUGCCUGGGCUCUUCGCUUCAUCACCUGGACGCUCUGAGGACAGAAUAACACCCACGAGUGAGCAGCAUGUGGUUGAGGAACCAGCAGAGGAGUAACAAAUACAUGAUUCACACACACAUGUGACAUGAUUCGCAGCGACCCUCCUCAGCCUCAGACUGAGCAUCUGUGAGCUGGGAUGUCUUGAGGCUGUCUCCCGGACCCUUUGAAGGAAGUGGCGCAGGUGCUGAUGGGAACUACUGCUCCAAUAUGAGCUUUCAUGAUGCCGGAGGGAGACGGCGCUUCGAAGAUCCAGAGUUCACCCUGCGGAUAUACCCAGGGGUUAUUGCUGAGGGCACCAUCUAUUGCCCAGUUACCGCCCGAAAGACCACCACAGCUGCUGAAGCUAUUGAUCAUGUCAUUGACAGGCUACAGUUGGACCGCACUAAGUGCUAUGUCCUUGCUGAGGUGAAGGAGUUUGGUGGGGAGGAAUGGAUACUGAACCCCACGGACUGCCCUGUGCAGCGCAUGAUGCUGUGGCCCCGUCUGGCACUGGAGAACCGUGUAGCCAGUGAGGACUACCGCUUCCUUCUGCGAGAGAAGAAUCUGGAUGGCUCCAUCCACUAUGGCAGCCUACAGAUGUGGCUGCGUGUGACGGAGGAGCGCAGGCGCAUGGUAGAGCGGGGCUUCCUGCCUCCACCAUCGCAGAAGGACUAUGAUGACUUGUGCAGCUUGCCUGACCUCAAUGAGAAGACUCUGCUGGACAACCUGCGCAGCCGCUUCAAACAGGAGAAGAUCUACACAUAUGUGGGCAACAUCCUUAUUGUUAUCAACCCUUUCAAGUUCCUUCCCAUCUAUAACCCCAAGUAUGUGAAGAUGUAUGACAACCACCAGCUUGGUAAGCUGGAGCCACACGUGUACGCUGUGGCUGACGUGGCCUACCAUGCUAUGCUUCAGCGUCGGCGCAACCAGUGCAUUGUAAUCUCUGGUGAGAGUGGCUCCGGCAAGACGCAGAGCACCAACUUCCUCAUCCAUCACCUCACUGCACUCAGCCAGAAAGGCUUUGCCAGUGGUGUAGAGCAGAUCAUCCUGGGAGCAGGACCUGUCCUUGAGGCAUUUGGAAAUGCAAAGACUGCUCACAACAACAACUCCAGUCGCUUUGGCAAGUUCAUCCAAGUGAAUUACCUGGAGAGUGGCACUGUCAGGGGAGCUUAUGUUGAGAAGUACCUUCUGGAAAAAUCGAGGCUGGUGUACCAGGAGCACAAUGAACGGAACUAUCAUGUAUUUUACUACCUGCUGGCAGGAGCAAGUGAAGAAGAGAGAAAUGCAUUUCACCUGAAGAAGCCCGAAGAGUACCAUUACCUCAAUCAAAUGACAAAGAAACACCACAGACUGCACUGGGAAAAUUACUGUGAGAGCGAGCUGGACUGCUUCAUCGUGGAAGGGGAAGACUUGAAACAUGACUUUGAACGACUGCAGCUCGCCAUGGAGAUGGUGGGGUUCCUGCCGGCAACACGCAAACAAAUUUUCUCCCUGCUGUCAGCAAUCCUUCAUUUAGGGAAUAUUCGCUACAAAAAGAAGACAUACAGGGAUGACUCCAUUGACAUCUGUAAUCACGAAGUGCUACCCACAGUAUCUGAGCUACUCGAAGUAAAGGAAGAGAUGCUGUUUGAAGCUCUGACCACAAGGAAGACUGUCACAGUGGGAGAGAGACUAAUAGUGCCCUACAGACUGGCAGAGGCUGUGACAGUGCGAGACUCCAUGGCCAAAUCCCUUUACAGCGCCCUGUUCGACUGGAUCGUGUUCAGGAUCAACCACGCACUGCUCAACAUCCGAGACCUGGAGGAAAGUGCCAAGAUGCUCUCCAUUGGAGUAUUGGACAUUUUUGGAUUUGAGGAUUAUGAGAGCAACAGCUUUGAGCAGUUCUGCAUCAACUUUGCCAAUGAGCGCCUCCAGCACUACUUCAACCAGCACAUCUUCAAGCUGGAGCAGGAGGAGUACCUGGCCGAGGGCAUCACCUGGCACAACAUAGACUACAUCGACAACAGUGGAUGCAUCAACCUUAUUAGCAAGAAGCCCACGGGCCUGCUCCACCUGCUGGAUGAGGAGUGCAACUUCCCUCAGGCCUCCAACCAGACAUUGCUGGACAAGUUCAAGAGGCAACAUGAAGGGAAUAGCUAUAUAGAAUUCCCUGCUGUCAUGGAGCCCGCCUUCAUCAUCAGGCACUACGCUGGCAAGGUCAAGUACGGAGUGAAGGACUUCAGGGAGAAGAACACGGACCACAUGAGGCCUGAUAUUGUGGCCCUGCUCAAGAGCAGCAAGAACGCCUUCAUCUGCAGCCUGAUCGGCAUUGAUCCUGUAGCCACAUUCCGCUGGGCGGUGCUGCGAGCCUACUUUCGCGCCUUAGUGGCUUUCAGAGAGUCGGGCAAGAGGUUCGCCGAGAAGAGGGCUGGGCAUGAUGGUGCUGCUCCCUGUACAGUUUUGAAAAGUGUGGAUAGUUUUAGCUUUCUGCAUCACCCUGUGCACCAGAGGAGCUUAGAGAUCCUACAGAGGUGCAAGGAGGAGAAGUACAGCAUUACCCGGAAGAGUCCCCGGAUGCCUCUGUCAGACCUGCACAGCCCUAACACAAUAAACGAGAAGCCUGCCAGGGACAGCUUUAACGUGGGCUGGAAUGGGCACUCUGGGCGACAGAGCCGGCUCUCCUCCUCGGGCUCCGGGAUAGAGGAUGAUGGUAUCUUCCUGAACUCCACCAGUAGCAAACUCCUGGAGAGAGCACAUGGCAUCCUCAUGCGGAACAAAAACUACAAGUCAAAACCCAGUCUUCCAAAGCACCUGCUGGAUGUCAAGUCUCUCAGGUACCUGAGCAGUCUGACGCUGCACGACCGCAUCACCAAGUCACUGUUGCACCUGCACAAGAAAAAGAAGCCACCCAGCAUCAGUGCCCAGUUCCAGGCUUCUCUGAAUAAGCUAAUGGAGACGCUUAGCCAGUCGGAGCCUUACUUUGUGAAAUGUAUACGCUCAAAUGCUGAGAAGCUCCCCAUGCGUUUCAAUGAUGGUCUGGUGCUGAGGCAGCUGCGCUACACAGGCAUGCUGGAGACCGUCCGCAUCUGCCAAUCAGGAUACAGCAUCAAGUACACCUUCCAGGACUUUGUUCGUCAUUUCCAUGUGCUGCUGCCCCACGGCUCAGGCGCCACACAACAAAGCAUCAGCACCUACCUGCAUCAGGUGGAUCUUGAUCGUGAUGGAUUCCAAGUGGGCUUCUCAAUGGUGUUUCUCCGAGAGGGAGCUCGCCAGCGGCUCCAGGACCUGCUCCAUCAGGAGGUUUUGUGCCGGAUUGUAGCACUACAGCGGCGCUUUCGAGCUUUAGUGGAGAGGAGACGCUUCCAAAACAUGAGGAAAGCAGCAUGCCGCAUCCAGCGGUGGUGGAGAAGGUGUCAGCAGCAGCAAGCCGAUGGGGAGGCGGAGCCUGACCAUGACCUCCGCAAGAGUGCUGCCCUAUACCUGCAGUCUGCCUGGCGGUCCUACUGGGAGCGUCGGCGAUUCCUGCUUUGGAGAGAAGCGGCCCUGGUAAUUCAGAGGAGCUGGAGAUUGUGCAGCGACCGCCGGGUUGUGGCGGCCUGCACUAUCCAGGCUGCCUGGCGUGGCUACAAAGAGAGGGACAACUAUUUGAAACUCCGAGACAGUGUGGUGCUUCUACAGGCUGCAGGAAGGGGAUACCUGGCACGAAAGCGAUUUAGAGAUUUGAAAGACUGGAGAUUAAAAGAGAAGCAGCUACAGAAUGGACUUGUGAGCCUUAUACCUGCAAAUGAGGACCAGACCAUCUCAGGUUUAGACCUCAGUUCAUGGGAGGAUCGCUUGAAUGAGGAACGGGAGAAGAGCUUGCGGAGAAGGACCACCCCCCUAGAGAACUCCCAGGAGGAAGCAAGGAGGGAGGUGAAGGCUGAUGAUGGUGCAACUGGAGAUCCAUGGGCAGUGGUGGCCGGAAAAGGGAGGCCCAAAGUGCUGGAUGAUCCCAGCCAGAAAACGCGGGCUAAACGAGAAAGCCGAAGGAAGAGAGAAUUGGAACAAGCCAAGUUUAGCCUAGAGCUUCUGAAGGUGAGAUCUACAGGCGGGACGUCGCCAUCGGAGGAGAAGCAGUGGCCUGCUGAAGUGGCAGGAGAUGACUUCCACUCGCCCCAGGGAAGUCCAGACAGCCAGAGUUCCAAGGCAAGCUUUGAACUUGUUAACACUGACGGUCACCCUAAAGACAAGCCAAACGCUGUGGAAGCAGAAGAUGACAACAUUGCUCCUGGAGUUACGGAGCAGCCAGAGAGCAGCCUAAAGUUACGAAGUCCAGCAGAUGUUCCGCUCUCAGAUGGAUUCUCCACAAAAAUCCAGACAGCUUCAUCAAGCCUAGUCCCUCUUCCUAAAAUACAAAACAACUUCCCAACUUUCUAUAUCCCUCCUCAGGAGAAAAACACCGUUUCCCCUCAGCCUACUGAAGAGUCUUUGGCCAUACAGUAUGUCGACACAGGCAAGACUCUGAAAGAAAAGGCUGAGUCUUCUCGUAGGCCUGUGGUAGUGGUGAUCAGCAUGCAAAAAGAAACCACUUUAGGUAACGGUCAGCUCAAUGCAGCUGAGCUCCAGGGCAGUUCUGCCAAGACAAGCGAGCUUUCUACCCCUGCGUUGCAAGACACCAGUCACGAGUCGAUCCUGGCAAGGCUAGAGAAACUGAACGAGGAGAAGAAAGAACGUCAGAAGCAUCAGCAGCAGCAGAAUGAAAGAGAGAUGAUGGAGCAGAUCCGCCAGCAGAAGGAGAUUCUGGAGAGGCAGCGUAAGUACUUUGCACAAUACGAGAGAGACCUGCUGGAGAAACAGCGUGGGGAGGCCCUGCUAAAGAUUGAACAAAACAGACAAGGGAGCUUGGCACAGGAGGAUGCAGGCCGAAGUGCAGAGAAGCCAGAACUUGACUCAUCAGACCUCUCAGGAACCGUUCCCAAGGGUGCAGAUGUGCAGAUGGUUGCACAUUCAAAAAUGCAAGAGAAGGGGAGCACUUUGGUUGGAGCCAAAGAUCAACCCAUCUACACCUUACAACAGGACAGCAAAGAAGGAAGGACAUUGCAAGAUGGCUGGGCACCCAAAAUGGCCAUGGAGACACGAGAGGGUGGGCUCAAAGGAAGACACAAAAAAAACCCUAUUCAGACCUUCAAUGCUGACAACCAGCCAACAAACUUCUUCUUCACACCGAAGGAUAACAAGUUUACGUUCUCCAAGUCUGAUAAGGACUUUGCCAAUCAAGAAAGAUCAAUGGUGAUGCAGAAGAAUGAAGCUGCUUCAGGCUCUAGACUCUCUAAGGGGCUAAAAGGACUUGAGGUUGCCAGACCAGGCCAUAAAAAGAGAGCCCGCAUGGCGCGGACACGCUCCGACUUCCUGACCCGAGGUUCAUACCCUGUGGGGGAGGGCGACUCGGAGGAGGAUGAGUACGAUGAAGCCCUCCCCCUACCCCCCCCGUCCCCCAGCCUGCCUCUUCAGGAGCAGGGCACCGAGGGGGGCGAGGCGCAGGCUUGUCACAGUGACUCAGAAAUGACUCUUUAUGGCCCUGAGGAACAGAAGAUGACAGUGUCAUCAGGGGACCUGGGCAAGGUGGAUUCCCUGAGGAAGCACUCACAUAUGGAUGGAAGGGUUAGAGGAAAGAUGCGCUUCUGGGGGAAGACCAAGCACAAUGAAAAGAAGGGCCCUCGAGACAAGCUAGCCAGUGUUGGGGAUCUGCCUGACGGGGACUUUGUAGACAUGGGGCUGUUCCACGGAGUGGCACCAGAGCACUCGUCACCCCCACGCAGCCCCACUCUGGCUGCCGAGCGGGGAAGAGAGAGCAAGGAGAACAAGGAGCCAUCACCUAGGGUGAAGCGGAGACGCAGUCUGAAAAUCAGCAGUGCAGCACUGGAGCCAGCACAGUGGCACAAUGACUCGCUGCACAUCCUCACUAGCGCCAGUGACCACCGGAGUAUGGAUGAGUUCCUCCUGAAGAAGAUCCAUGACCUGGACACAGAGGACAGUAAAAAAGACACUAUGGUGGACGUUGUCUUUAAAAAGGCACUCAAAGAGUUCCGCUUGAACAUUUUCAACUCUUAUUCUACCGCCUUGGCUAUGGAUGAUGGAAAAAGUAUCAGAUACAAGGACUUGUACGCACUGUUUGAGCACAUAUUGGAGAAGACUAUGCGGCAGGAGCAGCGGGACUGGAGUGAGUCUCCGGUCAAGGUUUGGGUCAAUACCUUCAAGGUCUUCCUGGAUGAAUUCAUGACCGAGUAUAAACCACUGGACAACACUGUUGGCAAGGUGCCCAAGCCAGACCGCAAAAAGAGAAGAAAGAAGGAAACCGAUAUUGUGGAGGAACACAAUGGCCACAUCUUCAAGUCAACACAGUACAGUAUCCCCACGUACUGUGAAUUCUGCUCUUCACUCAUUUGGAUGAUGGACAAAGCCUGCGUCUGCAAGUUGUGUCGCUAUGCCUGCCACAGAAAGUGCUGCUUGAAGAUGACCACCAAGUGUAGUAAAAAGUAUGAUCCUGAGCUGAGCUCCAGGCAGUUUGGUGUGGAGGUAACGCGCCUGACCAGUGACGACCGGACGGUGCCCCUGGUGGUCGAGAAGCUCAUUAACUACAUUGAGAUGCACGGCCUCUACACUGAGGGUAUCUACAGAAAGUCUGGUUCCACCAACAAGAUCAAGGAACUCAAGCAGGGACUGGACACAGAUGUUGAGAGUAUGAAUCUGGACGAGUACAACAUCCAUGUCAUCGCCAGUGUCUUCAAGCAGUGGCUCCGCGAUUUGCCAAAUCCCCUGAUGACAUUUGAGCUUUAUGAAGAAUUCCUCAGAGCCAUGGGUCUACAGGACAAGAAGGAGGUGAUACGAGGUGUGUACUCUGUCAUUGACCAGCUCAGCAGAACUCAUUUGAACACACUUGAGCGUCUGAUCUUUCAUCUGGUCAGGAUUGCCCUGCAAGAGGAAACCAAUCGAAUGUCUGCCAAUGCCCUCGCCAUUGUCUUUGCCCCCUGCAUACUACGCUGCCCUGACACUAUUGAUCCUCUGCAGAGUGUACAGGACAUCAGCAAGACCACUGCAUGUGUAGAGCUCAUCAUAGUCGAACAGAUGAACAAGUACAAGGCAAGGCUGAAGGAUAUUAGCAGCUUGGAGUUUGCGGAGAGCAAAGCCAAGAGCAGGUUGACACUGAUCCGCCGAUCAAUGAAACCCGUAUUAAUCGCUGUUAGGUUUAUGAGUAUAACCCGCAGUGCGGUCCCGGGCAAAGGCCGUCUGCGAAGAACAAGCCAUCAUCAUAUACCCUCGCCCCCAGUAAGCCCACGAUUGCCCCCAACGUCAGACACCACAGAAGAGGCAGGUGCUGAGGAGGGGACAGGUGACCCAGAUGUGUCAGAGCAGCAACAGAUGGCCAUGCAACAGGAGGAGAGGGUGCUAACUGAGCAGAUUGAGAGCCUGCAGAAGGAAAAAGAGGAACUGACCUUUGAGAUGCUGACACUAGAACCCCGGGCCUCAGACGACGAGACCUUAGAGUCUGAGGCCUCUAUUGGCACUGCGGACAGCUCCGAGAACCUUAACGUAGACUCCGAAGGAGCUACUUCAGAUUACUCCGAGAGGAGCCUGGCCCCGCCCACAACUCGGCCCAAAAAGUCUGAUGGCAAAAGCAGGAGGAUGCUAAAGCGGCAGCCUGACUCCUUGGACUCCAUUGACUCAAGUUCUACUAUUUCCACAACCUCUUCUGUCUCCUCCUCCUACCUGCACCCUACUGCCAGCACUGGCCGUCGCCUCCGCUUUCGCUCCAAGUCACCCCUGUCAGGCAUGUUCCGAUCCAGUCAGCCCAACGACAGCCUGGGCAGCCAGGGCCCAGAGCAGGAAAGUGACGAUAGGCCACAGUUCAUCAGCCAUGGCACCUUCAAUGCCGAGAAAGGCAAGCAGAGACUGAAAGCAGCCAAGUCCUCCCCACAAAAGCACAGAGAGCCCCCAGAAGGAGGAGGGCAUCAGAAAGAACCAAGCUUGUCUAAACAGAUGGUGGUGUACAGUGGCAAUGAGUUCAUGGUGUGAUGGACCCAACCUGUGGCAUGAGAGGAGGCUGGUUUAUCUCAUCGGUUCAACCAUGUCAAACUCUCUCCCCAGCUGUCCACAUCACCAGCAAGCAGAACCAUCCCAGCCCAUCACGCCCCACCCUGAGGCAGAAGGAGGGGGCUGGAAGACCUUGAUGGUAACGGCAUCUGCUGAAGACUUGUCUGUAAAGUGAUCUCUAGUGAGUGACACUGCUCUGUGUCUGAGGUCCACACCCAAGUGUCGCCGAACGAGAACGGGAAGAAGGGAGUGAAAGAUGCUGGGAAAGUGGCACAGCACGAAGGAGAGCCCCUCAACGGAGGAUAUGGCCCACGGCUCCAGGCAAAAACUAGACCACGAAGGGGUAGACCGUGGUGAAACGGAACAGACCCAUCAUUUGUAUAAAGUCCAUAAGCUGAGGCAGAAAUGCCGGUUGCUUCAAAAAAGUUGUAACAAACCAAUGAAGCCGUAUUUAUCUGUUGCUAUUAAAUAGAUUUUAAUUAUGUGGAAUAUGUAUAUCUGUAUAAAUGUAUGACAAAAAAAUUGUAUAAACCUGGAAAACCAGUUUCUACUGGGUAGUUAAAAUCUAAUGUUUAUCUGUGGCAAAUCAAGAGUAUUUCAGAGAGAAAAAUAUUGGAAAAUUUUUUUUCUUUUUUUUUCUUAAACAUUUUUUGUCAUCCAAUGAUUGUGCUGCUUUUUCUUUCUUUUGUGAGAAAAUACCAUCAUCAAAGGGACCAACUUAGCUGGUGCCUGACAGCCAGAUAUUCCCAGCUAAAUGAACGUUGAAAAUCACAGCAUUUAUUUGUGCGGUUUAGCACAAUUAAUGUAAUACCCGCAUUUCACAAAAUGCCUUUUUUCUUUGUUCCAUCAGAAUUCCUUACUUUUCAAUACAUCAGUGUUAAAGCAACCAAAUAAGGACUUGAAUUUUUUAUAUGUAUUAUGAUUGUUAUUGCUGUUAUUAUUGUUUUUGUUGUUGUUAUUGUUGCAUCUGUUUGUGUUGGUAGUGUCCAUGAGUGUAGCAGUUGAACUAUAAAGUCUACCCCCCCCCCCCCCAAAGGAUGUGGAUGUUGUCUUAGGACACACUGAAAUGGGGCAGCCCUCUAGCAUACUGGCUUUCUAGAAGCAGCGGGAUAUUCAUGGCCAUUACUGCAUGUUCUUCUGCCUGCUGACAAAUGACAUUUAUAAUCGAGCUGUAGCUGUAGUGCCAAGGUGCUGCCUACCUGCACGUUUUGUUCACUACAAGCACAUGAAGGCAGGUAACGGCACAGGGCUCAUCUAAAGCAAUGUCACCCCGUCCGCAUCUCAGUGAGUCACUGUGGCCGAUGGAGAUUAUUCUGCGUGUUUACGUCUGUGAAAUUAAGCUAAUUCAGAGUUGAAGCUAUCCUGGCAGGCGUGUCGGGACCCUUGGUUUUGCAUACAUUGCGAUCUCUGUGAGUGUGUCCACUUUACCGUCCUUUCCACUACUCGGAAAGCAUGAUUGGCGAGCCCAGUGGAUCCUCUUUAAUGUUUCUCUCAAAGCACCAACUGUGCUGCAUAGUCACCUCUGCCCUUGUACUGAAGACAUCUUCGUGUCACACUUGAGGACACACCACUCUGAGUGAUACGAUCAAAUGAGCUACCAGAAAGUGACAGAACAAGGAAACACAAGUGUUACAGCUCAAUCUGUUUCUGCUCUUAGAACUUGUCUUCCAUGGUUAAGGCUAAAGUACCUCUGCUGUGAAUAGUCCAUAUAUACUGUCAGAUAAGCAUUUUCUGUCUCUGUAUGCUGCACAUAAGCAUCCAACUCUCAAUGCCUAAUGUAAUCUAACAAUUUAAGAAUUAAAAUGUCUAUUGCUCCUGAUAGAUUUUUUUUUUUCCAAUGUCUCAUUGAAAUAAUUCCAUUGAGAUCCAGGUGUCAAGUCAACUGUAGCCUUGAAACUGACAUGUAUCUCUAUACUCAGUACAAUAUAACCUGUGCAUUGCCUUGCCCCAUGUCCUGCAGUUUAAAAAGGAUAAAGUCACAUUUUUGUAAGUUAUCGUUAAAGUUUCACGCUGUAAUUUCAUGUUCUGUGUGUUUCCAGACAUGAGUAUACAUGUAGUUAGUGUCCAUGACUGUCAGUUGACAAUGAGCACUUUAGUAGUUUGUGGUACCACCUCCAGAUUGUGUUCAGGGGCAUUUUAUGCAAAUCACUUUGACAUAUGGCCUUUAAACUGUAACACUUUGCAUAACUGAUAUUUGCUGGGUCAGUUACUAUGGUAAACUAAUUAACUAACGUUGUAUGAAA